AUGGAAUUUGCCAGUUAAGUUGCUCAUCAGGUAGUUCAUAUGACCCAAAUAGUGAUUUAUGCUGUGACUAAAAUUGCACAAAGUGUGAUUCAUCUAAGUGUACUUAAUGCUCUUAACCAAAUAUGUAUAAAAAUCCAUAAAAUAUCAAAUAAUGUCUUUUAAGUUAAGACCCUAAUUGCUUAAUAGUUGAUUUCUAAAAUGGCAAAUGUCUUACUUGCAAAGAUGGCUAUAAGCUAGAUCAAAAUAAAUAAUUAUGCGCUUACUUUAUUUUGUAGUGCAAAGCUUAUGAUCCUUAAGAUAAUAAAAAAUGUGCUUUAUGCUACUAUGGAUAUUAUCUAACAGAUAAUAAUACUUGCUGUGGUAUACAAAAUUGCUCUAUUUGCAAUACUAAUAAUAUUUCUCAGUGCUCAUAAUGUUAAAGUAAAUACAUUUUUGAUUAAAAUAACAAUUGUAUAUUUAACUGCUUAGUGCAGUAUUGUAAGAGUUGUGUAUAAGAUAAUUAAUAAUAAUGUGCAACUUGCAUAUCUACAUACAAAGUUGAUCCAAAAACUAAUUUGUGUAUAUUUGAUUGCUUAGUUGAUAAUUGUUAAAAAUGUGUGA